AAAUUAGUGAAAGUUCAAAACUUGAAAAAACAACCUGAUCCCUAAUACCGUUUUUUCACACCAAUUAUUCCGCCAUCGGGCAUAGCUGAAAACCCUUGUUCGCCAUUGUUAUAAUCUUCUAACUUUUCAAUUUCUUCACUCUUUCCUCUCUAAACUCCAAAGAGAUGCCUUCAGAAGACGCAAAACCAGUGAAAAAGGAGGAGAUUGAAUACGACGAUGAUGAUGAUGAAAAGCCAAUUUCCGCUGUACGCAACAAGAACAAGAACAAACCUACUGUUUCUCCGACUUCUACUACUCCAAAGCAGAAAUCUCGAGUAAAGAAAGAAGUUUCAAGUGAUGAAGAUUAUGAUGACGACGAUGAUGAUGUUCCGUUGAAGAAACCCAAAAAACCUACUCCUAAAUCAGCUAAACCUAAAAAAGAGAAGUCUGCCUCUAAGAAGUCUGUCAAAAACGACAAGAAAAAAGUUAAGAAGAUUAAGGACGAGUUGAAAACGGGUGAUGGAAAGAAGAGAGAGAGAAAGGUGUAUAGUUUGCCUGGGCAGAAACGCGACCCUCCUGAAGAAAGGGAUCCUUUGAGAAUUUUCUAUGAAUCAUUGCGUGAACAAGUGCCCACCAGUGACCUGGCUGCUGUUUGGCUGAUGGAAUCGGGUUUACUUCCGAUGAAGGAAGCACUUCAGGUGUAUGAAAAGAAAAUGAAAAAGAACCCGAAAAUUACUUCCCCAACUAAGCCUGUGAAGUCAGAGACCAAAUCUGUGAAGUCGGAGGCUAAAUCAGUGUCUGCUAAGAAAAAAGUUGCUCCGACUCCAAAAUCAUCGAAUAAGAAGAAAGCAGAAACCACAAGCGCGACAACACAGUCGAAGAAACGCAAGGCUUCGAGCUCUGAUGAAGAUAUGAGCUUCGAGGAUGAGUCCGAAGAUGAGAUUCUUCCACAAGUUAAGAAGAGGGCCAAAGCGUAUUAGUCGACAAAAUUAGAGAUAAUUAUGGAAUCAGGCUAAUUGUGCAAUGAUUAUUAGAGAUGGAAUUACAAUUGUUUACCUUAAAUUGUGGUUGAUCCUAAACUAAUGUUUUUAAUCAAUAUUAGAUUGCAUCAAUGAAAAAGCUUUUUAUGGAA